AGCAUCUUCUUCUUCUUCUUCUUCUGUGACCCAUAAAUUUCUUCGUUUAACUGUUUUUCUCACCACCAAGAACACAUUUUUCCCCAUAUUCCUUAAUUUUUAUACAUAUUUCUGACUGGGUUUUCCCUCUUCCACACUCUUCGUACAAUGGAUGGUUCAAAUUCCGGGGAGGAUUGCUGUGUCAAAGUGGCGGUUCAUAUUAGACCGCUCAUUGGAGAUGAGAAACUUCAGGGCUGUAAAGAUUGUGUCACUGUAGUCAAUGGGAAGCCUCAGGUCGCAAUUGGAUCACAUUCCUUUACAUUCGAUCAUGUUUAUGGGAGCAUGGGGUCCAUCCCUUCGUCGAUGUACGAAGAAUGCAUUGCCCCUCUUGUGGAUGGUUUGUUCCAAGGAUAUAAUGCGACUGUUCUCGCCUAUGGUCAGACGGGCUCGGGAAAAACAUACACUAUGGGUACUGCUUUCAAAGAUGGAUGCCAAACAGGACUCAUUCCCCAAGCAAUGAACGCUUUAUUCAGCAAAAUCGAAACAAUGAAGCACCAAACAGAGUUCCAACUUCAUGUAUCCUAUAUUGAGAUACAUAAAGAAGAAGUUAGAGAUCUGCUAGACCCUGCUUCUUUCAAUAAACAUGAGGCAGUGAAUGGGCAUGUUGGCAAGGUGACCAUCCCAGGGAAGCCACCAAUACAGAUUCGGGAAACGUCAAAUGGUGUUAUAACUUUAGCAGGGUCCACGGAAUGCAGUGUCAGAACUUUGAAAGAAAUGGCUGAUUGCCUCGAGCAAGGAUCACUGUGCAGGGCAACCGGCAGUACAAACAUGAACAAUCAAUCUAGCCGGUCUCAUGCCAUUUUUACCAUUACAAUGGAGCAAAUGCAAAAGAUGAGUUCCAAUGAUGCAAACGAUAAUGAUUGCAUGUCUGAAGAAUAUCUUUGUGCCAAGUUGCAUUUGGUGGACCUUGCUGGAUCAGAACGUGCCAAACGAACCGGAUCAGAUGGCCUCCGUUUUAAAGAAGGAGUUCACAUUAACAAAGGACUUCUUGCACUUGGAAAUGUUAUCAGUGCACUUGGGGAUGAUAAAAAGAGGAAAGAUGGCGUUCACGUUCCAUAUAGGGAUAGUAAGCUCACCAGGUUAUUGCAAGAUUCACUUGGUGGUAACAGUAAAACUGUCAUGAUAGCAUGCAUUAGCCCAGCUGACAUAAAUGCAGAAGAAACUCUAAACACUUUGAAGUAUGCAAACCGGGCUCGAAAUAUUCGAAACAAACCUGUUGUUAACCGAGAUCCGGUGUCCAAUGAGAUGGUGAAAAUGCGACAACAACUAGAGUAUUUGCAGGCAGAACUUUGUGCCCGAGGUGGAGCUACUGCUUCCUUUGGUGAAAUACAGGCACUCAAAGAUAGGAUUGCUUGGCUUGAAACAACUAAUGAAAAUCUAAAUAGAGAAUUACACGAGUUCCGUAGCAAAUGUGCUGCCACUCAACCCUGUGGAAUGGAUAGCGAUGCUAGGGGUACCUUUCCGGCCAAGAGUGAAGGGCUUAAGAGGGGUUUGCAAAGUUUAGAGUCUUCAGAUUAUCCAAUGAGUGAGAAUGGCGAUCUUGGGGACUUGGAUGAGGAAGCAGCAAAAGAGUGGGAACACUCUCUUCUGCAAGAUUCUAUGGGCAAAGAAUUAAACGAGUUGAAUAAACGAUUGGAGCAAAAAGAGUCCGAGAUGAAACUUUAUGGAGGAGUUGACACAACCGCCCUUAAACAACAUUUUGGAAAGAAGAUUCUAGAACUUGAAGAGGAGAAAAGGGCCGUGCAGAGAGAUAGAGACCGCUUGUUAGCUGAAGUUGAAAACCUUGCUGCUAAUUCUGAUGGUCAAGCACAUAAGUUGCAAGAUAUCCAUGCCCAGAAGCUUAAAGCACUUGAAGUGCAGAUACAAGACCUUAAGAAGAAACAAGAAAACCAGGUUCAGCUUUUGAAGCAGAAACAAAAGAGUGAUGAAGCUGCAAAAAGAUUGGUGGAUGAGAUACAAUCCAUCAAAGCACAGAAGGUCCAAUUGCAACACAAAAUUAAACAAGAAGCUGAACAAUUUAGACAAUGGAAGGCAUCUCGGGAGAAGGAGUUAUUGCAGCUAAAGAAAGAGGGAAGAAGGAAUGAAUAUGAGAGGCAUAAAUUGCUUGCCAUGAAUCAACGCCAGAAGAUGGUUCUUCAAAGAAAGACAGAAGAGGCUGCAAUAGCUACCAAGAGGCUGAAAGAAUUGCUUGAAGCAAGAAAAUCUUCAGCUCGCGAAAACUCAGUGAAUAGCAAUGGGCAUGUAGCAAAUGGACAGAGCAAUGAGAAGUCUCAACAACGGUGGCUUGAGAAUGAGCUUGAACUAAUGGUCAAUGUUCACGAAGUUCGUUACGAGUAUGAGAAACAAAGUCAAGUUAGAGCUGCAUUGGCAGAAGAGCUAGCUGUUUUAAGACAAGUUGAUGAGUUUUCUUCGAAAGGGAUCGUCCCUCCUAGAGGAAGAAAUGGUCUUUCUAGAGCUUAUUCCUUGCCUCCAAGCGCCAGAACGGCAAGGAUUGGUUCUCUAGAGAACAUGUUGAGCAUCUCAUCAAACUCUCUAGUUGCCAUGGCCUCCCAACUUUCUGAAGCCGAAGAACGAGAGCGUGGAUUUAGCAACCGCGGCCGUUGGAACCAGCUGCGUUCAAUGGCCGAUGCUAAAGCCCUGCUUCAAUACAUGUUCAGUUCUCUAGCAGAUGCGAGGUGCCAAUUGUGGGAGAAGGAGGUUGAAACUAAGGAUAUGAAAGAGCAGAUGAAAGAACUCAUUGGGGUGUUACAAGAAAGCGAGAUUCGAAGAGUGGAAAUCGAGAAGCAGCUGAAGCUGAGAGAUCAAGCGGUUGCAGUUGCACUGGCAACUUCUGCUUCUGGGAACUCAAACAAACACUUAGCUGAUGAAAUGAGCUGUCCCCUGUCUCCAAUACCCGUGCCAGCUCAGAAACAGCUCAAAUACACACCCGGGAUUGCAAACACUUCUACUAGAGAAUCUGCAGCCUUUGUAGAUAAGUCCUUAAAGAUGGUGCCCGUGGGGCAGUUGUCAAUGAAGAAAUUGGCAAUGGUGGGGCAAGGUGGGAAGCUAUGGAGGUGGAAGAGAAGUCAUCACCAAUGGCUUUUGCAGUUCAAAUGGAAAUGGCAGAAGCCAUGGAGACUUUCGGAGUUGAUCAGACACAGCGAUGAGACGAUCAUGAGGUCAAGGCCUUAUGCUCACUCUCUUCCGAAUAACAUCUCUUCUAGAAAUGGCCAUUAGCAGCAGCAGCAGCUUAGUGAGGAGGAAUGUAACAAAUGUUCCUCUUUGACCUAUACGGUAACAAAUGUUCCUCUCUAGUCCUCUUUGCUUGUUUUUAGGUAAUCUUACGAGCGUUGUGCUACAGUCACUAAUGACACCAAGGUUGACACCGCCGUUGUCUCAUGGACAAUGUGACUAUCUGGUGUGUCAACAUUGUUGUCAUUCUUGGGGUUGAAGUAACAUUUUCCAUCUUACGAAGGCGACAUAUAAUUAGAGCAUGAGCCACCCUCAACCUCAGCCUAGGCAAUGGCUUGUGGAUAGACGUUUUUUUGCGGGGGGUGGAAGGUCUGCGUACAUCACAUCCUUACGGCGGGAUCCUGGCUUUCUGCGCCAAGCUGGCAUUUUCAGAUGAUGAUAAAAAUGUAUUGUGAUUUGUGAAUAUGUUAUUCUAAUAGUUGUGUAUAGUUGUUUAGCAGGGUAAUAAUCAGAGUAUCUUUGAGGGUAUUCUUAGCUCUUUUUUUUAUGUUGUUGAGAAGGGUAUUUUGUAAGGUCACAACAGAUGUGCCAAGGUUUUUUUUAAUUCUUUUCAUUUGUUGAUUUUGUAAUUUGUUGUAGUGUUGUGUAUAGUGUGGAAGAACAAAAACAGUUAUAUUAU